AUGAGUUCCGAACAACCCAGCACACAAGUCAGGCGUCUGCUGGAGGAUUGCCUCAGUGCUGCCCGAAAGCAUGACUACACUCUCGCCCUGACCGCUGUGAAUGAUGCUCUCAGAGCCCGUGAUAGGGACAAGACCGUGUCUCUCAUCAAUAUCCUGGAUCAUCGAGUUGCGGUCUAUCUCCGAAUGGAUCUUCCGGACCAGGCUCUAAAAGACGCGAAAGCCAUGAUCCGACUUGAUCCAAAGGACGCACGAGGCUACAUCCGGAGUGGAAUCGCGGAACGCCGCAAGAACAAUAAAACAGCCGCAAUGAGAUAUUUUGAAUAUGGCUUGAAGAAAGUACCCAAGUCAGAUGCAAACCAUGCAUUGCUCGUCAAAGAAAUUAAGGAAACAUCUGAGCAGAUCAGGCUCGAAGUCGUGCUCUCGCAAGCACAAGACCCCCUCAGCGUCCUCCCUCUUGAGGUUGUUGAAAUCGUUCUUUCAUUUCUCGACUACCGGUCGAAUGUACGUCUGCUCCGUGUCUCCAGGUCAUGGAACAAGAUUGUGAAGAGCUCGCGCCCACUGAUCGAGACCCUGGCUUUCCCUAACUCUACAAAACAAAUCACCCCGAGAGCGCUUGUUGCUGCCCUCGGCAGGUGCCAGACACUCAAGACGGUCAAAUUGCCCCAACUUCCUGGCCCUACGGCGGACUACCUUCGUCGAGCACUGACGCACAGCGAGCGCUAUCCAACGUUACAACAUUUUGAAUGGCGAAGUGCCGAGUGCUAUCCAACGUGGCUCCCCAUAAGCCAGUACGACUUGAGGGUAGUUAUCGUCGAAUGCAGCAGGCCCGUGAUCCCUAUUGAAUGGGUUCACGCCAUUCUACGCGAUUGUAAAUCCCUAGAUACCGCGAAAUUCAAACAUGUGUCUGGGCCGUCCCUUAUCGAUAUACAACUGCGCAGUGAUAGUCUUCGAGAGCUUGAACUCCAUUCUGGUGGUUCGGCCUGCUUCAAUUCUGAUCGCAUCUCUUUCGACUGCCCCCAGCUGAUGGUGCUCUCUUGUAAGGGUGUUCGCUGUGCUAGCCCACCUAUUUUGGGACGUGUUCUAGAUCUACGCCAUAUGACGAAACUUCGAAAUAUCCACCUUAUCGACGCUCGUUUACACAGCAUCGCCUUACCGAUAUCACCGAGGCAAGUGCAGCUCGUCUCAUGCUCCUUCCUCGUCCAAUCCUCCGUGCCUGAGCUACCUUUGACCCCGUUAAACGAGCUCGAGGAACUCCAAGUGGAUUGUGAUGUCUUCCCUCUGUUCCUCCUCCAGUCUAUCCAAAAGACCUUACCAGGAAACCUACUGAAGUUAUCGGUGACUGCCAACGACCAAAGUGCUGAGCACUUGACUAGAAUAAUGAGCAUGCCGUGGUUUCAAAGUUUAAAGUCUCUUCGCAUUAUCAAUCCCGACUUUAUCAGCGUCCAAGGGUUUCCAUAUAUCAAGAGCUGUCUGGCUCUAGAGGAGCUUCGCCUCGAACAGGCUGGGAGCAUUGGGGCAUUUGUGUCGGAUCUAAUCAGAGAGGCAGCUCAACUUCGGAGAGUCACGCUGCUUCACUGUCCUAAUGUGGCCAGAGAUAUCAUUCCAUGGGCAAAAGAACGUGGUGUGGAGGUUGAGAUACACCAGCGAGACAUACCCGCAGCUGGUGGGCGCCGCGUUGUCGAGACUUAUUGA